AUCUAAAGUAAAAAGUAUGAAUGUGUGGAAAGGUUCGAACUUAAGCUUAUUCGCUCCGUGAUUCGCCAUUAAUCGUAUCGGUUUAGUUGCACAGUGACUCGCCAGGCUGGUAUAUCUUCGUUCUACCGUGUUUAUGAGCGUUACGAAUGGCAUCCGGGACGCAAAGUACUGGGAUGUUAACAAGAGAGCAACUUUUCCAUCUUUUCGAUCGUUUCAGUUUCCUUACUUCUCAACCUGAUGUGAAGAAAAAGAUUUCUGGGGCUGUACAGGAUAAGCAGGAGGCUGUUGCUGUGACCACUGCAAUACAAGAAGAGAUAUUUUCGGAGAUGGGUGUUGAUCCAAGAUUUGGUAUCUCGUGCCUGGGAAAAGUCAGUACUGUAUAUGAGAAUGACAUGGAUUUGGUGAUUCAGUUUUAUAAAUUCCUUUCUAAAGAAGAGGUUGCCUGCGAUGAAGCAGAGCUUGAAGAAGAAGAAUUUGCAGAAAAAUUGCUCAACCAACAAAUGUUACAGGAACAGCAACUAGAGAUGCUGAAGUACAUGCGCAAGUUUAACUUGGACGAUCAAUGUGCAAUCCUUGAGAAGUUACACCAGCACAUGGAAAACGGCAAUUAUGAAAGCGAGACAUCCAUUUUGUCAGCUGAGCAGAUCGAAGAGAUUGUUCCAAGAAAGGUGUCCCCCCUGUAUACGCCAAGGUAGACUUAGAAGAGUAGCUUGCGUGACAUUUUGUUUGGGAGUUGGCCAAAUCACAAUUCUUGACAAAUUAUUUACUUUAUUUGGUCAAUUUUUGACAUUUUUAUGUUCAUUUUAUUUCUGUACUUGGACUGCUUUAAGGUUAACAAUUUUAGAUGUGGGAGGUGUUUACAGCCUUUUCAUGGCUAGGCUUUCUGCCUCAGCAUUAAGAACAUACCAACCACGGUCCAAUUUCUUUAUGGGAAGUACUAUACUUAAUCCUUA